AGCAGACAGUUCGAAGUUUUCAUUCUAGAAGCAACGACUUGGCUAGUCAGUGAUAUCCUAGUGCCUGCGUUAGUUUGAAUCUGUAGUGCAUCACAGUCAAGUUUUCCUUUCGUAAAAUGGAAUCUCCACGUGCGGAAUCUUACGCAUCUUCUGACACUGGUAGGACGAGAAUGAUUGAUGCAGAAGCUCGUCACACGGAUCUCGAUGGAAAUCUCAACGAAGUUACUGCAGACUUGACAGGGCUUGUGACGAUUUGUUGCUCGGAUUGUGAUCUUGACAGUGCCAACUACGAAAAAUGCCAGGGCGAGCUAGCUCUGCAAUGUUUAGCGUGCCGAGAGAAGUUUUAUCACCGUUUUUGGGCGAUCCGGCACAUCAAUUCUUGUGCCAGCAUCAUCAAGCAGACAAAAUACAUCUGUGAGUUGUGCGAAACGACAUUCGAACGGAUCGAUGAACUAAGAAGACACUUUCAAGACUGUGCAAGUGAUUGUUUUACAAGUCUUCAGUUGGAGAACAACAACACGAAUUCGGAGGAAGAAUUAGAUAUGUUCAAGUACUUUGCCAACUCAUCGGAGAUAUUAAGGAAAAGCGUGAGGGAAUACGGACAUGAACGUUUUUAUGCGCACUUCUGCGUGGAGUGCCGCGAACCCAUCAUCGAUGAAACAUCGGUCGACGCAGUAGACUGCGAUGAAUGUAAAGUUAGUUGCCUGCUGCAGUGCAACACGUGCAAAUGUCUACACGAGACUUACGAGUCCAUUAUUGAGCAUUUAAAGGGGAGCUAUUGCGGAUAUAAGAUGCAAUUAGCGGUGGACCCGGAUGCUCAACUUCACGAACAGGCGUGAAAAAUUAUAAGAUGCACAAAGGCUAUUGCAAACAGAAUCGACCGUCUGGAGAUGUUUCAAUGCCCAAGGAAAGUGACGCAGCUUAUCACACAUACAUCGUGCACAAUCAUGGUUUACGUUCGAAUACAUAUGUAGAACCUUAAAACGUUUUUUAAUUGUCGAGAUGAUUUAAUUUUUUACUGUACUUAUUUAUUUAUCGUAAAAUAAAAAAUUUUUAACCGCUCAAUCAUUAUAUGCUUGUCUUUUAUUGAAUGAAAAACUGAAGUAUACUUUAUCCUCUUAGAAAAUAUUAUAAUUUCCAACUCCACAAAUAACGUUUUCCUAUUCAAAAACGUAAGAUCGUUACUGCGUGUGCAAAACUCUAAAUUUCGCACACGCUUAUCUGUUGAGGACGUAGAUUCGCACACUCGUGUCAAAAAAUAGUAUAUACGAUACACGUGCGCGUAGGUGAUCAUCAAACUCGCUUUUUUGUCACCCUUGCGGCGACAGAUGCGCUCAUGCAAAAAUAACCUACUUCGCGCACUCGUAUCGUAAUAUACAAUUUUAACAUGACGUGCGCGAAAAACGCAGUUUUUCAAGAGGCUUGUUUUUCGUGUAGCGUGUGCGAAAUACUGUUUCCAUAGCAACGAUAUGUUAUUAUAUGCUACAUGCUUGACGCAACAUUAAAAAAGCUAUAGUGAUUCGCGCAAAGAAAACGAGCCUGAGAAACCGCAUUUCGCGCACGGAGUAUUAAAAACGAUUUUGGGCUGUUAACACUCGUUAUAAGCAUUGCCAUGAUUUUAUGUCAAUAAAAAAAAGUUGUAUUUUCAAAGAUCUACCCUCGUAGAAAAUACGCCAUAAGAUAUGGCCGGUGAAUAUCUACUGGCCAUAUUUUUCUUAGCGUAAUAUGUCAACAUAAUAUGUCCACAUUAUGUUGAGUGCUUAACUCCAGCAAUGGGUUUAUAACCUAAAAUCCAUAAACUUAAUAAUCAAAAUUCAUUUAACGCAGUAAAUUCUAAAAUCAUUUACGUUUAAAAAAAGGAUUUUACAAUAAAUUUUGAAAAUACAAGGCAAUGUGUUAAGAGCGGUAACCUAACCUUGAAUAUUCAUACAUACAAAUUUACAUAUAAUCACACUCAAAACUCACUAACAUAUUUGUAUAUUAUUCUGGCAUGCAUGUUUUUAUGAAAGUGUGAAUAUUAGAAACAACAUCAGGUGAAAUUUGUGUGUUCAAGAUUUUAUCAAUGAUGAAGUGUAAAAGUGAUGAUAUUGAUAGAUAUUCGCAACUCAGUGUUCAAGUCAGUCGCAGGCAGUAUUCAUCAUUAUAGUGCAUUUUAUGCAGUGUAUUCGUGCAAGAUGUUUAAUUUGUAGUGUAGAUGCUUAUUUUAUUAUGUAGGAACAGGCUAGCGUAACUAUUUUUGCUUGUCUGUCUUUGCUAGCCGACCCACACCGAACUCCAUGGCUCCGAUGGGGGGGGGGGGUGGCAAAAUUUACACAUGAGUGUUUACGUGAGAAUUUAAACUACAGCACUUGAGAUACAGACAAGUGGGUAUAUUGCUUCAACAGCUUGAAACAAAUCACCAUGCAAAAUUUCAGCCCUCUAAGUAUGAUAGGUUUUUAUUGAGAUCAAAAAGAAAAAUUGAAAAAA